CGUGGCGCAAGUAGUGUCAGCCCUGACGUAAGAAAUGCAUUGAAGCUCCGCCUACAACUAUUGCAGGCAAAACGGCUCGACAGCAAUAGUUCACAUCGAUGACCUCCGCGCAUCCCAAGUUCACACACGCUGCGGCGUCAUUGUCAGAAUUAACUUAAAACUAAGCCUUAUAAUAUUGUAGCCCUGGGUAUCGCUUCAGGAGGAAGGGCGCCAAGAUUUACUAACUUUAAUAGUUCUGUGAAAUCUUGCUCUUGGUUUACCGUAAAGCGCUAGAGUUGCCACGUGCUUGUUGUCAUACAGUCAAUAUCCCACAACAUGGUUUCUUGACGCAAAUGUUUAGCUGCGCGCUUCUCUCCUGCUUUAGUGGUGGACAGCCGCGGUCAGCGCAAAUAUGCGCGCCUAAUGCUUCUUACACGGCUGUAAAUAACGAGCGCCAGGAUGUUGCUGGCGAGCCCUCUGCGCUGGCUCGGCCGAGUGCCAAGCAGCAGCAGGGAGGCGAGCAAGGUCCGCAAAUUGCCAGGCGCUGCCCAAGGCCCAACGUGGAAGCCACCGGCGGGGCGAUUUACGAGCUUAAAUCGGAUUUUACUUCGAUUGAGCCAACUCCGGGUGGUCGAGACGACAGCGGCGUGGAAGAAACCCGCCACGGCACAGCAUCUCCGCUUGAGCAAGGUGACUUCUUCGACGGCCCGGAUCCCACCACCGGCAUGCAGACGCUGAGCUCCGCCCUGGGACCUGCUGAGCCUGUACACGUCCGGCGGCAUGUGGGCAUCACGGAGCGGGCCCCGCAGGGUGCUACUGCUGCCGCCUCUGGUGCUGGACUGGCCGAUUGUAUCUCGGAUGCCGGGCCGGCGGGACUCGGCAUCCAGCACGCGCAGCUGCUGAGUCCCACGCAUUUGUCAUCAGGGCCGAUGAACCCAAGAACUUUGUCAACUGGCGGCAUGCAGUUCACAUCGCACAGCCUCCGCGACUCGCCUGGCAUGCCCGGCGGCGGCGGCCCCGUUGCGGUCAUGGCGGUUACCGCCGGCGUCGCCCGAGCGGCCUGCUCCACGGCCACAGCAACGACAUCGCUGCACCUGCACUACGUGUCUCACCAGAGGCAGCUGCACAGCGCCACAGAGCAGCGCAAUGCCGAGGGCGGCAGUGAAGCUGCUGAUGGCUCCGCUGCGACCUGGGCGCCUCUGACGUCGGCGGCGCCGCAGGUAGCAAGCGCGGCUGCUGCAGGUGCCGCAGGCGCUGACAGCAUUGUGGCGGCCACGGUGUCGGCAGACGGCAGGCCCACCGGCAGGGCUUGCGGCGACGGAGCAAGCUGCGCGUUAAGCAGCAGCGCAGCGGCCACCGCACUCGGGCCGCCGAGCACCCGGCCCAGCACCAGCGGCACCACACUGCGCACGCUCGUAAGCCGGCCGGCAAAACACCAGCAGCACCACUUCUAUGCCUCGCCCUUCGCGACGCCGUCGCGGGAGCAUCUUCAGGCCUGCAGCGCCUCGCUCCCACCUCCCCAAAUGGUGCUGCCAGAGGGCACUGCUGUGCAUGGGCCGCUUGAGUUUGAGCGGCGCAGCGUCGCCACCCUGCUGCCGACACCCGUCGGCGGCGCCGCCGCCUCCAUGGCCGGUGGCGCACACGUGCUGUGUGGCUUCGCCUCAUCAGAAGCACCGAAGCUGGCGGUGGCAGCCGCUGGCGCUAAGGUGCCUGCAUCCUUGGCGGGAGAUGCAAGCAUCGCCGCUUCUGGCGUCCCGUGCUCUGUGGUGAUCGACUGCGACUCCGACAGCACCCGACGACUGCGGCAAAUGCAGCUCAACCAGAACCCGCCGCCCCCUCAACGAAGGGCGCUACAGCACCAGCACUCACAGCACAUGCAGUACGCACUGCUGCAACAGCAGUCUGCGGCGUGCCGCUCCCCUGCCGCCUCCGCCAUCAUCUCCGGCAUCCUGCCCAGCAUCCUGUCCCGGAACUCAACCCAGCAUUCCAUCUGUGCCACGCCAAUGCCGCCUGGCGGCGGUGGCUCAUUCGCAAUGGCGGCGACGCCGACCAGCGCCAUGUGCCACAGCCGCCUGAUGGACUCGCAAUGCAGCCUCAACGCAUCGCCGGGAAUGGUCACUUACACCAAUACCCACGGCAGCAGGCUGAUGUCGCCGGCAGCCAUCGUCCCCGCCGCCGCGGCAGCGCAGGCGGGAGUGGCUGGAGCAGAUGAGCAGCUGACGUCGUUACGCUCCGCUGCGGCUGCGGGACAGCCGCUGCAGGUCAGCAGCAUCCGGACGCUGACCCCGGCGGAGGUGGUAUUCGCGGAGGCCAACGCCGUCGUGAUGUCGGCUCGCCUUCCGGACGACCCGCCCAGCAACGGCCACAGGCAGAGUAGCAGCAGCUGCCGCAGCGGAACCAGCGACACGAGCGGCGUCAGUGGCGCUAGCGAUGCGGCUCGCGGCCGCAACCCCAGCUUCGUAUCGUCUGCAGCGAACUUGGCAGCACCCAACACGGCUGCCGUAGAGCCACCAGCAGCCGCCAAUACGACUGCUGCUACUCCGGCGGGCGCCGCCGCCGCCGCUCCAACAUCUUCGACUGUGGAGCGCGCCGCCCGAGGCCGCAGCGGUGUCGCAGCGGGUGGCGGCGCUGCUCUUCAGGCUCUGCCUGAGAUGCCGCCGCCGCCGCCCUUCCCAUAUGCAACCCAGGCCAGCAUGCCAAUGUACACGUCUGCGGCGAGGCUGCUUGCGUUACCGUCGCUGCCUCCGGGUCUGUUGCUGGGUGCUUCAGCCCGACCCAUGAACGUGUCCGUCACCUCGCCGCUCAUGCUAGCGGACACCAGUACCGCCGCCGCGCUGCUGGUCAGUGGCAGCGGCGCUGCGACCAGCAGCUUCCACGAUCCCGCUGCGGGCUUGUUCAGCAUGCACGUCGGCAGCGGCCUUCCCUUCGACCACAGCCUGCAGCUGGGCACCGUGGGCAGCGCCUGCAUGAGCACCUCUGGCGACGUCACUGCAGCCGGUGUUCCCGCGCUGUGGCGCCCGGCAGCCGCCGGGAAGCUCCUCUCCACUCGCAGCAUGCGGCCCACAACGGCGUCGGUGUGCAUCGUGCAGGGCAACCAGCCUGCCGGGACUCGGGCCCCGGUGCGCUUGGCCUGCUCCGCGGAUGUCUCGGGCCCCGGUGUGCAGCUGCCGUGGCGGCUAGUGGGCCUGCAGCCGGCGCAGCCGGGCAGUGAGGGCCCGCGUGAGCUCUUAUCACCGUCAGCUAUGCCCCGCCACCUGCAGCUGAGCCCCCUCCAGCAUUCGGCGUCGUCACACCGCCUGUGCAGCCAUACAGAGUCGCCGCCGUCCCAGCCGCUGCCGAUGGCCGCCGCCAGCAGCGCCGCCGACACCAUCCUGCGCAUCACGGACCUGGACACGUGCUGGGCGGAGCUGCGCGACCUGUCCUUCCUGGGCUCGGGCGCGUGCGGCAACGUGUACACGGGCACCUGGUGCGGGAUGCCCGUGGCCGCCAAGUUCAUGAUCAGCGGCUCGGUGGACCAGCUGCAGCGCCAGCAGCGGGAGGCGGCGCUGUCACGCCUGGCCUCGCACCCGCACAUGGUCCAAACCUACGCGAUCGCCACUGCGCAGCUGCUGCCGGCACACUUCCGCACCGAGUACGGCGGCGACGGCAGCGCCGCUGACGACGCCGCGCACUUCAGCGGACUGCUGUCGCAGGCGGGUGACCUACUGGGCACCGUGUGUGGCACGGACGGCACCGACCUGCUGUACGGCACCAAUCCCUUGAGCGCCAUGCUCAGCAACCACGAGCACCCGCACAGUGCGGCGGCGCUGUCGCGCUGCACCUCUAAGCAGCGCACUGCCGGCGCCAGCGCCGAUGUCGUGGCUGCGACGCAAGCGCAGCUGGCGCGGCUGUCAGUGGCGAGUGCAUACACAUCCGGCGUCCAGCAGCAACAGCAGCAGCAGCAGCCUCUCCCUGUGAGGCCGGUCUCGACAGCCAGGCCCACCGCAUCGCCUUUUGCGCAGGGGGCCGCAGCGGGUGCCCCCUCAUCAAGCAGCACACAAAGCAUCGCCACCAGCGGCACCAGCAGCGGCACCGGCCGUGGCGCGUGUGUCGGCAGUAGCAGCGCUGGGGAGGCCUGUGGCGCUAGUGGCACCAGCAGUCGCCGCAUUGCUGCCAUGCUUGCAGCAGGUGCUGAGGGCGGCGCAGGCGUCGUGCCUGCGCUGCCAACAUUCGACAUUGCAGAGCCCUCGACAGCACGCAACCAUCAUGGCACCGCUAUCAGCGUUCAGCAGAUUGCGGCGCGUCCAAACCUGGCCGCUGUCGGCGGCUCGGUCGACUCGGGUGUCGAGAUGUUUUCUGCUUCCUCUUUGGCGGAUGCCACCAGCGCCCGGGCUGGCACGGCGUCUGAAGCCGUGGUCGCACGCUUCCGUGGCUUUGAGCUGGGAGCGGCAAGCAACUCGCCCACCAUCAGACAACGGGAGCAGCAGCAGCACCCGCGACAGCAACAGCGUCUGCAGCAAAGCAGUGUCGCAGGCGCGCUCAACACCACGGGGCCGAGCCCGCGCCCUUGUGGUUCCGCCACCGUCCGUAGCAGCGGCCUGUCAGCUGUGCCUGGCUUGGAGGAAUCCCCGGGCAGCAUAAGCAUUGCCAAGGCGAUUGCAGGGAGCAGCAGCCACCUGGGUGGGGGCGGUGCACCGAAGCGUCGCUCUAUGCAGCAGAUCAGUACUGGGGACGUCGGGGCUUCGCAGUCACAGCCGCAGGCGCAGGGCGCGGCAGCUGACAGGGAGGACAUGGACAGCAUUGCAAUCAGCACCGUGGACACAGACAUGCUGCUGGAGGCCGCGGCGCAGAGGCCCCGAGCCAUCCUGCCAGGAAACGUUGGCAGCCGUGGUCGCGGCGGUGACAGCACGGCGGCUGGUGUCUGCGCGCCUGACUCCUUUGAGUUGGGGGCACGUGUGUCCUUUGAGGCGCUCGCGAUGCUGCAACCCGCAGACGUGCUCGCGCACAUCGGCGCCCGGCCGGGGCAGUGGCUCACUGUCGUCAUCAUGGAAGAGAUGGACCGCGGCUCUUUGCACCGCGCCAUCCACGGCGGCAUCUUUGACUCCACUGCCUCGCACCUCAGCAAGCGCCACCGCGUGCGGGGCAUGGUGCGGACGCUGGUGGAGGUGGCGCAGGGUAUGGCAGCCCUGCACGCCAGUGGCCUCGUGCACGGAGACCUCAAGCCAGCCAACGUGCUGCUCAAGGCACAGACCCGCGACGCCCGCGGCUUUGUGGCCAAGGUGUCCGACUUUGGCAGCACACGUGUGAUGCUGGAGGGUGUGUCGGCGGCGACCGUGACCACCAAUGACUGGGGUACCGUCAUCUACACGGCGCCAGAGGUGUUCAACGGCCGCAGCGGCCCUCCCGCCGACGUCUACUCGUUCGGCGCGCUGACGUGGCACCUGACCACCGGCCAGCUGCCGCACGAGGACCUCAACCCUUUCGCCGUGCUGCUGGCGGUGUCAAAGGGAGAGCUGGAGCUGGAGUGGCCCAGCUCCGUGCCCAAGCCACUGCGGCGCCUGGGCCAGCUGUGCAUGCAACACGACCCGGCCGCGCGGCCCACCUUUGCCGUCAUCGCGCGCGCCCUACUCAAACUGGAGCAGCGCAUUAAGGCACAGUCCACAGGGGCGGCUGGAAAGCGAAGCGAGGCGGGGCGCCGGUCCUGAUUAUUCAAUUCCAUUCAGGCGCACAGGCGACAAUUAUUACGAUAGAUUUGUUUGAUACACGCACUGAAUGCGAAUUUAUCUCAUUUCCUUACCUAUGCGUGCGUCAUACGUGCAUUGCGCGUGCGCUACGUGCGGCGUGCGAAGCCGCCUGAUGGAACGCCAUGACCUGAAGGUUUCGUGCUUGCCUUCGAUCACAUGCCGGUGACACUCGAAGGACCCUGUGGACCUGAGGAACUCCUCUCCGCAUGCGAACUGACGCAAGGCGAGACCAAAAUCCUGCACAAGUACUCUGACAAGCACUUCCACAAGCUCAACCAAGGGUCAGCAACACCAACCUCCCCUGAGCUAAACGGACACUGCUGGCAUGACCUGCUACUGUCGAGCGACUAGUGUUUUGUUUAAUGGGUUUUAAUGACAAGGACGAUGGUCGUUUUGGUUCUUACAAUCUGUGAUGCUUAUGUGAGUUGAGAUUCCACGACUGCUUGGACAGCUACGUCUGUAAUUGUAUCAUAACCCGUAGCCCUAGCGGCGAAUGGCCACGAGAGAUUCUGUGACGUCCUGUUCAGGGUUGGAUCUUUCCUUGCGAACGCAGGUUGUUGUUUCGUAAACUGCAAAUGAUAUCACGCCUGCCGUUUGGUAACUAGGUGCUUUGCUGCAGUUGGUUUGGGCUCAAGGGGUUUUGUGUGUGUGUGGGGGGGGGUGCGUGUGCAUGGGUGUGGGUGCGUGGGCGUGGGUGGGUGGGUGUAUGGCAGUAGGGGGUGGAGGCAUGAUUAGCGCAGCCCCCAGACCCAGAUGCCUCGUGUUGAGGCUCAUGCCAAAAUUUGCGAAGCAGCUGUACAAGCUUCGACACCACACUUGAAGCCCACGGCUGGUUUAAUAUUUUCUGGCACUUGCGCGUGGAUUGUGCAUGGUUCCAGGCUUCCAGCCAGCCUGCUACGGUUGCUUCGCUGAUGCUCCUUGUAGCCAAGGCUGUGCCACUUGUGUUCACUCCUGUAGGAGCCCUCAAUAGCAAGUGGCGAGCAACUAAUGAAGUGCUAGGCGUGCCAAUUCGCCAGUUUUGCAUAAAUGAAGACACUUGGGUGGCGCUCAGGAAGCCAUUGUGGGCUGUUGUGAGCAGAUGUUUGGAGCUCAAAUGCGGCCCUACUUCUAAUUGCUUAGUUCGGUAAUAUGGGCUCUGUGCGAACACGCGAUGCUGUGCUAGGGGAUUCAUUUAGUAUUACCCAUAUCGGUAGUAUGUGCACUGCGGCCGCCAGCGCCGUGCUUGAACGUUUGGUUGGGGCUACUGGCAUGCAGUGCCCGAACGUUUCUACGCUGUAGAAAUGUGCCAUUAAGUCUGCUGUAGGCGGAGAGAUUGUUUGGGUUUGGGGUCGCACUUUUAGGAGAGAGAUUGUUUGGGGUUGGGGUCGUACUUCUAAAAGAGAGAUUUGUUUGGGUUCGGGGUCGCACUUCUAUGGAGCGCAGACAUUUUGGCGCGGAUUUGGCGGUAUCUGAUACGUCUGGGGGGUAGCCGUCUAAGUGGAGGGAGGGGGUGUUUUGGGGCUUGCCCCCUAGGGAGAAUGCUCCGGGCAUAAAUGCUGCGGGAGGGGUCACCUAUGCUGCGUGGACUCAGGGCCUAAGGGCAUCUACAAGAUACGGGCACUGAUGUAAUAGUGGCGUGGGAGAAUGUGUGCGAAGGUUCCGUGAUGUGAGGAGCUGUCAGACCGUCAGAGCUGCGGUUGAACGUGUGUGUGUGGGGUGGGGGGUGGCUCGGGUGUUGGUUGGCAGUGGGUGCAGGCGGUGCAUUCUGUGCAGGGCGGGAAUUUUUUACAAUUUGCAAUGUGGCGGCAGCCGCUGCAGUGUUGACAUGAGAAGCGAUGUCUUAAGCAUGAGAUGGGAGUGCGAUGGGACAGUGUCAGGGCAGGUUGAGAAGCGUUGUUUUAUAAGCAUGAGAUGGGAGUGCGAUGGGACAGUGUUAAGGCAGGUUGAGAAGCGUUGUCAUUAGCAUGAGAUGGGAGUGCGAUGGGACAGUGUUAAGGCAGGUUGAGAAGCGAUGCCUUAAGCAUGAGAUGUAUGGGAGGGAACAUGGGCAGGCUAGGGAGCUUCGUGACGUGGGGCCGAGUGAAGGGCGAAACAGAAAUCGCACAAGGGGCGUGAACACGGGGGAACCGGGAAGAGAGUGGUUGUAACGGUUCCUUCGCACAGGCGGAAGUCCAUGCUGAUGCACCAAAUGGGGAAAGGCCUACACUGGGCGUAGAGCACACACACGCUCUGUUGCUUCGUGUGGGAACUGAGAAGGCGGCGAGUGUAAGAGAGUCUCGGA